AUGGAUCAAUUCGCUUAUCCCGCAAAUCCAAAGCAACAAACCAAAGAGAAGAAAAGGCUGAGUGAGGAGCAAGUGAGGCUAUUGGAAUGGAAUUUCAACUUCAAUAAGAAGUUGGACUCCGACCACAGGUCCCGCCUAGCACUUGAGCUCGGUAUCCUGCCUAGGCAAGUGGCGAUAUGGUACCAAAACAAGCGGGCGCGUGACAAAAUCCAAGGGCUAGAGAUGGAGCACAAGGGCUUGCAGAUGCAACUCGAGAGUGUGUUGAUCGAUAACUCGAGGCUUAGGAAGGAAGUAGAGAGACUCAAGGUGGGGAUAACUAGGGCCCAAGGUGCCACCAGGACCACCUGCACCUCUUUCAACUUUGGAGUCUCAUCACAUGUACGAGACCCGUUUUAUGAUUAGUAUUAAUGUGAUACAGAUCUUGAGUAUGAAAUAUUUUUUUCACGAUGCUAUAUUUUAUGUUAAGCUGAAUAUAAUAUAUAUCGUGAUAAAAAUGAAAAAAAUUACA